AUGAAGAAAAAGAAAAAAAAGAAGGCAAAACGGAUGCUGAACGCUACCGUCGCUCAAAUUUCGGGCUGUCCCGUCAAAUAUCCUUUCGCUCCCCCUGAAACGUGGGACUUGAGGGCGACAGCCAUUCUCCUCGAAAUGGGUGCUUGCGAAGCGUUCCUGGCUCAAGGGAUCAAGCAGAAGGCGUGGCACAAGCGGUUCCUGGUGCUCAAAGACGAGACGAGCGAGCGCGGCCCCUUGCUCGAGCUGUACACGAGCCAGGAGGAGGCUCUGUCCCAGGCCGGCACGGCACCCUGCUUGAGGUCCCCGUGCUGCCGGCUCUGCUUCGACCUGGCCCAGACGGUGCACGUGGGCUUCACGUCCGACUCGAAGCGCUUCCCCAACGCCCUGGUGCUCGUCUGCCAGGGCAGGUCGCCCCUGGUGCUGGCCGCCCAGGACGAGCUGGGCUCCCGCUCCUGGCUCCUGGCCUUGGGCCUCAUUGCGCAUAAGGCCUCCUCUCAGCACGGCUGGAGGUUCAUGUGCAAGAAGGCUUCGGAGCAGGCUGUGGCGGUGGCCACCUCUGUGGCCUACGCGAACAGCCUGGAGAACAGUUCCUCCGCCGGCACCAACGCCAGUUCGUGCGUGGCGGUCCGGCGCCAGAGCGGGAGCACCUUCGACGGCGAGUCGGAAAACUCCCUGGAUGCGGUGCUCAUCCCGCCGCCCCUGGAGUACGGCGACGGGUGCCUCGACAUGCUCUUCUCCCGCGAGCGGUUCCCGGUGUCCGUGAACCCGAGCGAGGCCUCGGAGCGGGUGGGCCUCCGGGGCGACUACCAGCUCGUCAUCCUGGGGCACAGCGUGGGCCUGCUGCGGCCCGGCGCCCCGGAGCCCUUCCUCGUGUGGCCGGUCACCUGCAUCCGCCAGUACAAGCACGAACUGCUCCUCGCACCAGGAGCCAGGAACAACGCCCGCUCCACCACGCUGGUCACCAUCGAGGUCGGCCGGAGGUGCUGCACGGGCGAGGGCACGUUCCAGUUUCGCACCAACCGUGGCCAAGAGGUGAUCCGGGAGCUGAAGCGGGCCGUGGCCCUGUGGUCCGCGCGCAAGGCCGCGCUCGCCUCCUGGUGCCAGUCCAGGGCCGCGGCGCAGAGGUCCUCCUGCCUCAGGCUGGGGAGGUCAGCCCCGGCGACUCCGUCCCUGUCCAUGCCCCCCGCGUGGCGUCGCCAACCCGAGAGCCCGGAGACGCGCGGAGGGAGCUGCGGCGACGCGCGGACGACGGCCGACCUGAACUACGUGCUGCCGGCCUUCGAGCGGUCGAGCAGCUCGCUGAGCAACGACAGCGCGCUGUCUUCGCCGCGGCUGACCAGGCCCUUCCAGUCGGACCCGGGGGAGCACCUGGCCAUGGCCGUGGACGAAGAUGACGCGGACGGCAACUACGUGCGCGUGGCCGCCGUCUCCCACGCCGGGCACAAGAACAGGGUGUCGUUCAGGAACGCCGUCAAGUCGCCCACUGCGCCCACGCCCGUACCCGGAGUGCCCGCCCGGAAGGUCCAGGAACUUAGAAGGGCCGAAGGUUACAUCGAAGUUCUGCCCACGUAGCCUCUCAGCAGGUCAUCAGGGGAAAUAUAUGGACUGCUCAGGAAAGAAGAUGAAAAGGAACUGUCCGAAACCACGGACAACGUACGCGUAAAACCACAAGAGCGUGACUGCGUUUCGUCGCCAACGCCGUCAUGAAAAAGACAUUUCUCUCUUCACACUCGCGCAGAAAUGUAAAAACAAAAUACGAUGAUUAUAUAGAAGCGGUGUCAACGCAUAUACGUCCAAAC